AUGAAGAAAAUUAGUUAAUAGAUGUUAUCAUUAAUGAACAAAAAUAUCUAACUAGAUUAACCAUAUCCAAAUGACUUAAAAAAAAAUAAAAGCAAACCUAAGACUGCAAACACAGAGAGAACUCAAUCCAAAACCUAGAAAAAUGAUUUACUUGAGUAUUUCAAGAAAGACAGGAACACUUUAACUUAACUAGUAAAUUCCUCUAAGACCAAUUUAUAGGGAAGCAAAAGCAUUGAUAAUUUAUAGCAAAAAUGUUAAAAGAGUGAACCUUUAAAAAAUGGCUAAUUUAAUGCUGACACACGUAUUUAGACUGACGAAGGAAAUAGUACUAAAAGAUAGAUUUUAAAAUAAAAAAACUUAUCAUUAGCUACCAUUUCAUUAGAUGCACAAAGUAUUGAUAAAAUGUUGAAAAAUUAAUUGUCAAAGUAACCGCAGACAACAAAGUAAUCUUACAACCAAUCUCCUUAAAAAUUAAAUUAAAUCGCCUACUAAGACAUAAAAAGAUCAAUUGCUAUUUGA